AUGGCAGCCACCGCGCGGAUUGAAGAAGACCUCUCGCAGAAUCGUUUCUUGCAGGUGCUUCGUGCCAGCUUUGAAGGCAUGUAUCGGCAGGCUGCCAAGGGAGGAGAGAAGACUGUGGUUCUGGUGCCUUGUGCAGAUUGUCUUGAGGCUGAGCACUUUGGCCAAAACUUUGCGGAAACGCAUCUGCUGCAAGCAACGUGUGUUCCGGGCUGCUACACGAACCUUCUGGGGCAAGGUGUUGAGAUCAAGGACAGCAGCGUUUCGACUCGCCUGGGCUUCUCCGAACAGCGCGUUUGCGAGGUCCUCCAGAGCGAGUCGAUGUACGACGUGGGCAACACUUUCCGCGUCCUGGUUAUUGACAAGCCGCUGAUUGGCAGGCAUAAGCCGCUACCUGGAGCAGCGGACCGUGCCAAGGCAUCGGCUGAGACCUCUGAGAUGUCUGUGGACGACUUGCUGCUGCAGGCUCCGAUGAUCCAGGGCGACUUCUUUGAUGAAGUGGACCGGUUUCGGAAGACCUUUGUGCAGGUGGCAGGCUGUGAGAAUCGCACUGCUGAGAGGAUUCGUGAGAUUGUGACUGGGGCGGUGCAACGUCUCAGCCGGCAUCACAAGCUCACCUCAUCCUCGCAGCUGCGGCAGUUGGAGUUCACGGUGAGCCGCCAGGCGUACACUGCGCUGCACUCCUUCAUCUUCCCCCACCUCCAACAGAUCCUGGCUACCCACGAGGAGCGCCUUCAGAAGGCGAUCCGGUCCUACAGCUCCGUGGAGGAUGUGGUGGAAGCCAUCCCCCAGGGCAGCCAGGGUCUGGCCUUGGUGGACAUCUCGGACGCAGCCCGAGAGCUCGAGUUGAUGGAUGGGAAGAUCGCCCCCCACGAGAAGAUCGAGUGCAUCGAUCAGGCGCAUAGCUCCCUCCAGCGAUGCAUCGCGGAGUGUCUCAAAGAGUCGCCGAGGCAAAAAUCUUCCCCGAUCGAGAUCACGGGUGACGACGUGCUGUCGCUGUUCAUCCUCGUGGUGUUCCGGAGUCAGGUGAAGUCCUUCCUGGCACAUAUCGCCCACGUGGAGAUGUACUUGCAGGGCUCCUCGAGCCGUUCCGGGAGCAGCGAGGCGGCCCGUUUCGAGGAGGCUGGCUAUGCCGUCUCCGCCCUGCAGGCUGGCCUUCAGUUCUUCCUCGAGGAAGGGCGAGCGGCGGCCGCCUCGAAACCCACGGUCUUCACGCAGUAUCUGCCUCCGGGCGCCCAAGAGACCUCUGAGACUGGGCACCUGCAGGGUCUGGUCCGCCAAGUGAGGGCACAGGCGGCUGUCCGCUGA